AUGCCCUCCACCGACGACAGCGACACCUCGCCGGAGAAGUUAAAACUACGCUAUCACCGCCGGCAAAAGCCGACGAAAAUGUCUUCCAGAGUUCCUCAAACUAUCUCAAACACCAGUGACGCCAUGAAUAAGCUUAUCUACUCAUUCAUCUUCAUCGUCUUCGUUUUCUCCUCGGAAAGGGUCUUAUCAGAAAUCCAUGCUAGCAUACCACCUAGAGGUUGGAAUUCAUACGAUUCGUUUUGUUGGACAAUCUCUGAAGACGAAUUUCUUCAAAAUGCUCAACUUAUUUCACAGAAAUUGCAUGCUCAUGGCUAUGAGUAUGCGGUUGUGGAUUACCUUUGGUAUAGAAAGUUAGUCCCCGGUGCUUAUGUUGAUUCGCUUGGGUUCGAUGUGAUUGAUGAAUGGGGGAGGAUGAGUCCGGACCCACGUAGGUGGCCUUCAUCAAAAGGUGGCAAAGGGUUCAAAGAAGUAGCCAAGAAAGUUCAUGACAUGGGUUUGAAGUUUGGGUUCCAUAUUAUGAGAGGCAUAAGCACACAAGCCGUGAAUGCAAACACCCCUAUCUUAGACAUUACAACGGGAAAAGCUUACACAGAAGCCGGAAAGGUUUGGCAUGCAAAAGAUAUAGGAUUGAAAGAGAGAUCUUGUGGUUGGAUGAAAAAUGGUUUCAUGAGUGUGGACACUACAUUAGGAGCUGGAAGAGCCUUUUUAAAGUCCCUUUAUCAUCAAUAUGCCGAAUGGGAUGUCGAUUUUUUAAAACACGACUGUGUGUUCGGCGAUGAUUUUGAGCUAAGUGAGAUAACGAUUGUUUCAGAGAUAUUGGAGGGGCUUAAUCGUCCAAUUCUUUAUUCACUCUCACCUGGAACAAGUGCGACACCAGUCAUGGCUCAGCAAGUUUCAACCCUCGUAAACAUGUAUAGAGUCACCGGUGAUGACUGGGAUAAUUGGGGAGAUGUUGCAGCUCAUUUUGAUGUUUCAAGAGAUUUUGCAGCUGCUAGUAUGAUAGGAGGUGGAGGUUUGCUCGGAAACUCAUGGCCUGAUUUGGAUAUGCUUCCACUCGGAUGGCUUACUGACCCUGGAGUCAAUGUUGGUCCACACAGGUUGUCGAGACUUACUCUAGACGAGCAAAAAACUCAGAUGACUUUGUGGUCAAUGGCUCGAUCGCCUUUAAUGUUUGGAGGAGAUAUGAGAAAGCUUGAUGAUGAAACUUAUCGACUAAUCACAAACCCAACACUUUUGGAAAUCAACUCUUUUAGCUCAAACAAUAAGGAGUUUCCUUACAUUACCAACACGGCUGAAUUUCAAUUCUUGAAACAAGGUCCACACUUUCAAACUAGAAGUCUAAAAGACACGGGUGCAUCAGAAAAACUCAUUUUAGGGCUCUCGAGUUGUCAUGAUUCCAAAGCCAAAGGGUGGUUUGUGAGAGUAGUUGAUGCGGAUCUUGAACAAGUUUGUUGGAGAUGGCCAUCAAGAUCCAAAAAUUUCGAACCUUUUUGUCUCUACAAAUCGGACCCUCUUUUACAAUCAGAUGAAGUUACAUAUAGAGAAAAAUAUCGAGGGAAGCUUCACCUACAUGCGAGAAAUAGGGAUGGGUUUUGCUUUGAUACUUCAUCCAAACGGAAACUUACUUCAAAGGAGCAUAAGAGAGCAUCUUUUUUUCCUUGUAGGCCGGAUGCUAACCAGAUGUGGGAGCUAAAUAGCAACGGAACACUUGUGAAUAGUUAUUCGGGUUCAUGUGCUUCUAUCAAAGAAACAAAAGCCAAUGCGGGUCCCGGAGGAGUUCGCUCAUGGAUUGCAACCGGAAAGAAAGGAGAGGUGUAUCUUGCUUAUUUCAAUUUGAAUACUUCAAGAACAAUUAUUUCCACAACUAUAUCAAAUCUCUCAAAGGCAUUUCCUAUGAUAAAUUUCGGCUCGUGUUCAUGCAAAGAGGUUUGGAGUGGGAAAGAUUACGGGUCACUACAACAUUCACUCUCGGCUUCUGUUGAGUCACAUGGUGUUGCCCUUUUUAUCUUGACUUGUUCUUAGUUUUCAUGGGAAACACAUAGUCUAUUUGUGUUGUAUUUGCAUCAUGGAUUCUUGAAUUCAUAAACAGAAAUUCAAUGUGGUUCAAGAAGCUUGAUUUAGAUCCCCAAAGGGGUUUGUUUUGCGGUCCCUCGACAUUAUUUGCAACCAUCUAAAGCAACAAGUGAAGCCAUU